GGGGAAGCAGAGGCUCCGUCCUUACUGAGCGGGUUCCUGCCGCACUCGCGCAGACGUCGCGCGUCCAGGCGGGAGGUCGGUGUGGCCCGGGCGUCUGCUCCCCGGCGGCUGUGGCAGCCCCGAGCCAUGGCUCUCACGGUCCGAGUCGUUUAUUGUGGCGCUUGAGGCUACAAGUCCAAGUAUCUUCAGCUCAAGAAGAAGUUAGAAGAUGAGUUCCCCGGCCGCCUGGACAUCUCCGGCGAGGGAACUCCCCAGGCCACCGGGUUCUUCGAAGUAACGGUAGCUGGGAAGUUGAUUCACUCUAAGAAGAAAGGCGAUGGCUAUGUGGACACGGAAAGCAAGUUUCUGAAGCUGGUGGCCGCCAUCAAAGCUGCCUUGGCUCAGGGCUAAUGCGCCCUGAAGGCAGAGUCCAGGGACCUUAAUCCAGCCCCUCUCAGCAGACGCUUCAUGACGGGAAGGAGUGAAAUGCCUCGUGGACGCCUGGUCCUUCCCCGAUGCUCUCGUGGCUGCUGUUGGGGGCAGAGAUUGAUGCCCUUGCUCUCUGCCUCUGUGUGUGUGUGUCUUCCCUGGGCUCCACACUGCCCCACCCUCCUCCCAUCGCCCGAUCUGAUCAGAUUUCUGUGCACACCCCAUGUUUCCCCAGUUGUCCCCCGGAGUUUGGGGCACAGUCCUGCCUCAGGCAUCCUUCUCAAGGGGAAGCCAAGAGAGGCAUCAGGAUGGUUGAGUGUCUGAUUGUGGCAAAGUUUGUAGCUGUUCACAAUUCAAUAAAUAUUGGAAGAGUUUAACCCAA